AUGGGGCCUGAUUUCUGCGGCAAGGAAAAUUGCGUAGGCACAUGCGAUCAGAAAUCCGAAUGUGAUCCAGGAUGGGGCAUGCAAUGGUCCAAGAGCAGCAAAUGUCCGCUAGAUGUGUGUUGCUCUAAGUUUGGGUUCUGCGGCACUACGAAGGACUUCUGUGGAAACAAGACUGUCGAGAGGCCGGCUUGCUCUUUGUCUACAAAAGUGGAUAAAGUCAUUGGUUACUAUGAGUCCUGGUCUCUGACGGAGAGAUCAUGCGGCGGCAUGACUCCAGAGCAAAUACCCUAUGGCGUCUAUACACAUCUCAACUUUGCUUUCGCUACGAUUGAUCCCUCGAGUUUUGAGGUCAAAGCUACGAGCGACAUGGCCGAGGCACUCAUGUCUAGAAUUGGAAAUGUCCGUCUCCUUCAGGCAGGAGUAGAAAUUUGGAUUGCAAUUGGCGGCUGGACCUUCAGCGACUCAAAUCAAGCGACACAUAAGACCUUUUCCGACCUUGCUGCCUCGGAGAAGAACCAGGACGCAUUUGCAAACUCACUGAUCUCCAUGAUGAACACAUAUGGUUUCGACGGAGUAGAUAUCGACUGGGAAUAUCCCGUAGCGGACGAUCGAGGUGGACGCAAAGAGGAUUACGAGAACUUCGUAACGUGGAUGAAGAGACUGAAAGCCAAAUUAGGGAAGAAAGGCUUGACUGUUACCCUGCCAUCCAGCUACUGGUACCUGCAGCACUUCGACAUUAAAGGGCUCGAAAAGCAUGUCGAUUGGUUCAACGUAAUGCUCUACGAUCUCCAUGGUAGCUGGGAUGAGAAAAAUGAGUGGACUGGACCAUUCAUCAAUUCCCACACCAACCUCACAGAAAUUCAAGACUCCCUCGAUCUACUCUGGCGCAACAAAAUAGAUCCAGAUAAGGUUGUUUUCGGCAUGGCGUUCUACGGGAGGUCAUUCACAUUGACGGAUCCUUCAUGUUCGGAGCCGAAGUGCAUUUUCUCCUCGGGUGGAAAUGCUGGAGAAUGUUCAAAUACUGUCGGGGUUCUUCUGAAUCCUGAAAUACAGAGAACAAUUCAGCAAAAGAACCUGAAGCCAAAAUCAUAUACUAAGGAAGCGAUAAAAGCCAUCAACUGGGACAGCCAAUGGGUUUCUUUCGAUGAUAAGGACACAUGGACAACCAAGAGCAACCUGGCCAAAAAGCAGUGUAUCAAGGGUAUGAUGGUGUGGGCAGUGAGCCAUGAUGACUUGAACGGAACGAGCGCAUAUGCGCUGACCAAAGCGAUUGGAAGAGAAGUAAUGGAUUCUCCCAAAAUCGAGCCUCAGCCUGUUCAAAUGCCACCUAGAGUCAUUGAAACUUGUAGGUGGUCAAAUUGCAAUGAGCAAUGCCCCCAGGGGUUCAAGAACGUCAAAAGAGACGGGACUGAGCAGAUGAUGGUUGACGACACGGGAUGCCCGGCCGGUCAAAGUCCUCAUCAAUUGUGUUGCCCGGGGGACUUCACGUUACCAACGUGUACCUGGCGCGGGUUCAGAAACUCGGGCGCAUGUAAGCCAGGUUGCAAUUCUGGAGAAGCAGAAGUAGGCACACUAGUCAAGGGGUGUUCUUCAAGGCACCAAAGUGCUUGUUGCACUACGAACACUGCCGUCCAAGCAUACGCAGAUUGCAAGUGGGUAGGAGAAUCAGGGUUGUGCUCAAAGUCUGGAAGCCACAAGGACUGCCCAAGCGAUUACCCAAAGUUCAUAGUGGCGUCAAGUGCUGGAGCUGGAGGGGAGCAGGUCUGUUCACAGGGAGCGAAGAGCUACUGCUGCAAAGAUCCAGCACCGUCUCAAUGGACAGAUUGCGCAUGGCAUCAAAAGGCUACGUCUACUGUCCGUAACACAGUAUACUGCGAGACUUCAUGCCCGGCAGGUCAGAUCCGCAUUGCAAUGCAGAAAGGAGAUUGCAGAUUCGGAGGGUGGGGAGCAUACUGCUGUAAGGGCAAACCAGCACCAACACUCCAACCCAGAGACCCGAAUUGGGGGAACAACCAAUAUGAGGAUUUUGUGGAUUUGCUCGAAAAGUAUCUAAAGGCGCCGACAUGUCCUGCAAAUGAGCUUAGUCUCGAUGGCCUCGAUUACUUCUUCGAUACUCCCGCAAAAAGAGCGGAAUGCGCGAUUGAUGACUUCUCGAAACUCGUCACUUGGGCAGGAACCCUGCUACAAUCACCGAGGAUCACAAGCGAUGUACUGAAAUACGCGUGGGACAACAGAUUAAUGUCCCGUUUCGACACGACAGGCAACAUUCUGUCGUUCGAUAACUUGGUGAAAUACGUCCAAGAUGGCCAGUUCGAUGCUCAUGCUGUGGUCCAGGACUUGCUCCUCAAUCCGGAAGAAGCGGCGGGGAACAUUAAUUCACUCCAGAAAGCACAGAAAGCUCUCUGCGUGAAUGUUUCGACACUGAAAAGUAAAUCCCGCAAUUCCUCUCAUAGCGUCCUGGAAAGUCGGAACAACAACUCUUCAGAUGACACUCUCGAGACCACGAUUCUAGAUGGGAUUAUGCGAGGUGAUCUGACCCUUGUAUACAGCCGGUGGCAGUACAUGACGGGGGCCAACGGCUUUGGCAGUCAUAACCAAGCAGGUGCAUUCUUGGAGAUUGGUUAUUGGAUUGGCCCGACGCCUGGAACAACACCAACAGACGUUCGCUUCAACCGGUAUCGUGAUACGACAACCAACAGGAGAGGGCCAGAUAACUGGGUAAUGAUUCAUGUCCACGUCGACGCCAACCACCCAAACCUCUUUCGUAACAUAGAUGGAAAUGUCUUUAUCGGAACACCAAGUGUACGCAUGUACCACGCACAAACAGCUUCAUGGCCCCAAAGAAUUGGAGCUGAUCGACGGGUUGAUAAUCGAGACGUAGACAGGAGAAACCCACAGGGACGAAUCACUUAUACUGGUAUUAACUCUCGAUCAGGCUUGUUUCCUUGUCCACCAGCUCCUCCACCUAGAGCAAAUGCACCUUUAUGGUACAUGGGAGACAUCACGGCACCAGUCGAAGUGCCACCAUCGCUGCUGAAUCGUCUCGAAGCUUGGGGCCAACGACUCUGGGAUCAGAGGUACAUACACUCUCAGGGCCUCAGCAAUAUAUUCCAUACGAGUAAUUGGGCCGGAAACCAAUUCGACCUGAAUCAAGGCAUACCAGUCUUACAGCUACCAUGGCGUGGAAUCGCAAGUCAAGACCCGACCUUGACAAAUGUUGUGUGGGAUCCCGCGACAAGUCAAUUUGUGCAGCACCCGAACGUUCCGUAG